UUUUUUUUCUUGUGAAUGUUGAGGUUUAAGGUACUUGCUGUUUCCAGUUGCGGUUCCUUUAGUUGCAAAGAAAGUAGAGCAAAAUAUUUUGAUCAAAGUGUGUGGGAGAAGGGAGGAGACAAGCAGGAGACAAAAGCUGAUUAGAUAGUAGCUCCUGCCACCAGCCUACCUCUAGCUGCUGAGCUAGUUUCAUUUUUUUUCCUUUUUUGUUCCUGGCAAGUGCCUCAAGCCUGAUUCAUAAUAAUCCAUACAUUUAAUCAAGCACAGAAAGUGCAUGAGAACAACUGACAUCUGAGAGGAGUCCUCUGGAGUAUUGCAGCUGCAAAACAUUCCUUAUGUUCCAAUUCCUUAUUACCAAUCAGUUAUUGGUUAAAGUAAUGGUACUGUCAUAAGCAUGUGUGAUAUUUGUAUUUCCCCCAUGCCUCCUCUGACCCUGAAUCUGUGCCAUUUGGGAGCAUGACCCCACAAAGGAUCUCUAAGAGAGGACACAGACCAAAGUCCUUGUGGGAGCAUAUGAAGGCCUUUCAGUUUUGUCCCCUUGUUCCCAUGGAACAGGGCACCCUCCUGCAUUGUUCUAGGUCUUCAAAAAUACCACGGUAUAUAUUGUGGCAUUAUUGCAGCAUUUACCAUAAUUUCCAAAUGUGUCUUCCAGUGCUUCCUUCAUGUUCUGUCUCUAGUGCCUAGAUAUAUUUUUCUCUUCCCUAAAGGCAUUCCAGCACCUUGGCAUGGCUGCCCUUUGUGAGCAGCCUGAAAGGUUUUUUUUCAGCAUGCCAGUGGUUCUUAUCUUUGCUGUAAACACAAGCUGUGAAAGCCGUAUGGGGUGGCAGGAUAAAAAUAACUUCUUCUCUUGGUAAUCCCUUAAGGAAAGCUAAGUCUUCUUCCUGGGCAUUGUGGAUGGAGCCUCUGACGUUCCCUACAAUCAGGAUCACAAAUGGCAGCAAGCUGUGUCAUCUGCUUUGGGGACAAGUUGCUGUUCUGUCAGUUGCUGUUUCAGGGUGAGCAGCAGUGUGGCUGGGAGAGCACACUCUCCAGGAUAUUAUCCCUACUUGGAACUGGCAGAUCCAUUGGAUGCUGGCCAGUGCUGUAGAUUUGCUCAGUGUUGCUUUGAUCGUAUCAGGUAGGAAAAGGAAGGCCUGCAUAUCCUCAGAGGACCUUGCAGGAGGGGCUGAUGAGUUUGGCGCUGCUGGGAUAACACUGCUGCACACUUGUCCCUGUGCUCCCACCCAGGGCGCCAUGAUGGAUAACCGGUUUGCUACAGCGCUGGUGAUCGCCUGCGUGCUCAGCCUCAUCUCCACCAUCUACAUGGCAGCCUCCAUCGGCACCGACUUCUGGUACGAGUACCACACCCUGUCCCCAGCCGAGAAUGUUAGUGAGGCUGGUAGAAGCAUCUGGGAGGAGUUUGUCAGCAAAGAUGCAGAUGAGAAGACCUACACAGAUGCGCUCUUCCGGUGCAACGGCACGGUUGGAUUGUGGCGGAGGUGCAUCACUGUACCCAAAAACUCUCACUGGUACAGCCCACCAGAAACUGAUAUGACUACAAACUGCAUCAGUUUCUCCCUCUCUGAUCAGUUUGUAGAAAAGUACAUAGAGCCUGGAAAUCACAACAGUGGCACGGAUUUGAAUCGGACUUAUCUCUGGCGGUUGCAGUUUCUCCUGCCCUUUGUCAGCAUUGGCCUCAUGUGCUUUGGGGCUCUGAUUGGGCUCUGUGCUUGUGCUUGUCGCAGCCUUUACCCAGCCAUUGCCACUGGAGUCCUGCAUUUCCUAGCAGGGCUGUGUACGCUGGCCCUCGUUGGCUGCUAUGUAGCUGGGAUUGAGCUGCUCCAUAGGAAGCUGCCUCUGCCCGAGGACGUGAGGGGUGAAUUCGGCUGGUCCUUCUGCCUCGCCUGUGUGUCAGCACCUUUGCAGUUCAUGGCAGCUGCUCUUUUCAUCUGGGCAGCUCGCACCAACAGGAAGGAAUUCACCCUCCUGAAAGCCUACCGUGUGGCAUAAGUGCUGCUACUGCAGUCUGGGCUUUCCAUGUUAGAGCCUCUUCUCCCCCAGCCCUGACUACUUUCUCUUUUAGUCAAAAUUUUAUCAUGUACUGCAUGCUUCUCACCAGUCAAGACAAUUUAGCCUACAGGCCCUGAAGACAAAGACCUCUGGGCUAAAUGACCAAAGCCUGCCAGAAGUCUGCAGAACUUGAACAGGUUUUUUAAUUGGAUUUUUUUAAGAAUUGUUAUUAUUUUUUAAGCUACAUUUGGUUGUUGACAGUUCCCCUUAGUUAGGUGUACAUUCCCUUUCCUAAUUUUAUUACCCUGUCAGCCUGGAGGAAAUAGAAGUGGUGGUGUGGGGUGGAAGAGAGACAAGAAAAGGUGCAGGUACGUAAGAAUGGGAACCUCGGUGCACAAAUAAUACAUAAUCUGGAGCUGUCUGCUGUGUGACUGAAGCAGGCAGUACCUACAGGGAGCACCCAAGAGACAUGAGGGAAUUCAGAAACCUCUGUUAUGGAAAUAACUGUAGCUGAAUUAGUCUGUAGCUCGGCUCUGGAUCUCCUAUCAUUGCUGGUUUGCUGUGUUUUGUGGCAUCUGCCAGAACUACUGGAGGCAGAGCAGGCAGCUGUGGUCCUGCCUGUACAGCACACCCUCCUGAAGGCACACUCUGGACUUGCUUCUGCCAAGGAAUAGGAUAAGAUGGCCCUCGUGGAGCUCUGUCCUGCUGUAGCUCCACUGCUUCCAGGACCCAGGCUAGUUUGGUAUCUGCACUACAUGUGAUUGUGCACACUAAUCUUUAUUUGUGGUGCUUUUGCUUGAUGUGGAAUAAGGCUUUCUUCUCUCUUGUUAAAAAUUACCUCCUCACAAGUUUUUUGGUUUUAAUUUGGUUUAGUGUAUGUGUGUAUAUGUACAUAUAUAAACUUAACUUUUUUUAAACCUCACCUGUUUAUCCUGUAUAGCCCACAACAGGGUUUUUUUAAAAGGUGCUGCUCUUUUCCCGUCUUGUUUAAAUUAAAUAAUAAUAGUGAUAAUAAAGACUCAGAAAUUUUCAGCAUUGCAUGAAUCUGAUGUAAGGGUGAGGGAAUGAUCUAGAGUGGAUUUUACUUGGGGAAGAAAGAAUCAGUAUCUAGAUCACUAUUUCAUGGAAAUGUCACCAGAAACAUUGACAUUAGAUUGGAUUUUUAAAAUUAAAUUCUUGAGCUCCUGCUAACUUUAAA